UUAACUCAUCUCAAUGAAUAUAACACGAUACAUACGAUGCAUUUUUAUAUGUAUAAAUUAGGAUUUACAGUGUUGUUUACUUCUACUUUUUAUAUUUAGUUAUAUGAAUUCUAGUAGAGUCAAUUAUCUUCCUUCUAUACGUCAUUUACAUCGGAAUAACAAAAAGAAGUAAUAUAGGUUGGAGUGUCAUUGCAUUUACACGUGAUAGACCACUUUGUAUAGAAUCACGGAUAGUCUCGCACGCAUACUUAAGAAUAUAUAUAUUCAUAUACUCGGAAUACAUAUACUUAACAUUUAAGUAUAAAAGGUGCGCGUGCACCAAUGAAGUUGUACGUACUUAUAGGUAUAACGUGUCUGUAUAUGUCUCUUAUCAUUCACUAAGAUCUAUUUCACGUAUUAAAGUCAAUAUGAUAUAAUCUUUCACUUUAGAAAUAUUGUUAUUUAACCUUUUCAAGAUAAUUGAAAUUCAUUGAUUUUUAUUUAUUUAAAAGUUUGAAUGAAAAUAUUUUUGUUGAAAAUAAGCUUCAAGAUAAACCUUAUGUAUUGAAACUUUGUUAUCAUCGUGUAAUAAAGACGGUCAUAUCAAAAGAAUAUAGAUAUGAAUACAAUAAGUAUUAUUGUCUUUUUAAUCAGAAUAAUUAUUUGCUAAAGAAAAAUUGAAAAUUGAUUUAAAAUCCAUAUUUUUCUGUUAAUUAAAGAUCAAAGAUAAAUACUUCAUUUAAGAUUAAGUGCCGAGUCGAAAUAUUAUGAUCAAAAAAAAAAAAAAAAAAAAAAAAAAAAAAAAAAAAAGUGCAUAAAAUAAUCGCUUAAAAAGUUUUAUCUAAAAUAUUUUUCAAAUAUGCAUAUUAGAAACGACAUCUUAAAUUAGCGAUUAUAUAGUGAAAUAGAGCUAGUAUAUGUAAAACCAAAAUUAGUGUGGCGUCGUUAACCUAUGCUGGGCGUAAACGGACCAACGUAAUGACAAUUAGGUUAACCUGCUAUUAUGUGAAAAGACAGCAAUCAGGGACAAUAGUUUUUAAGGUAAUGAAGGAGAAUCAUUAUUUCUAUGGUGGUUACGGAAAAGUGGCUUGUGCCAGUUAAUCCAAUUCCAUAAGAUAAUGGAGAAUCAAAGCCAUCAUAAUCAGAUUCUUCAAACGCAUCAAUCUUUUUGGAAAAAAAAUACUAGAGCUGUACCAGGCAGGCCAAGUCCCAAACAAGAUGUUAGACAUGAUAAGAUAGGUACAACAAUGAUCACAUCCAGUGGUUUGACCGGUACAGUUUCAGUCGGUAGUGGUGGCAGUACAAGUGGAGGAAGUGGUUCUACAUCCUUUCAAGAUUUCCAGGAGAGCGUGGAUGAUGCUUGGGAUUCCGGAGAUGAUGAAUUCUGUACAGUUUCUGACGUAAAAAUAUCAAAGAGAGUUAGUCAUUCAGCUGCACUUAGUGUAAUUAACAGUCAUAGAUCAGGCACUGCAAGUAAAGAAUUACAAACAAAUCCUAAAUUAGUCCAGCGAACUCAAGAAAUCAUUCCUGAAGAAAAAAAAGCAGAGGCUCUCCAAAGAUUAGCUGUUCAGCCAUUGCAUCUAAGGAAUGCUAACUUGUCUGUUUAUCCUCAAAUUAAUAAUAGUCAGCAUUCUACAGAAAAUUCUGAUUCCAAAUUUGGUCAGAAUACUUCUCCCCAACAUAGGCCAACACAAUUUCCUGGUAGACCACUUCCAUUAAGGCAAACGAAUUCUUCUACAAAAUUUUUUAUACCUUCAAAAGAACAAGAUGGAGAAAGUAAAAUAGAUAAAUUUAAAUCUCUUUUGGAUGCAUCUGUAUUAAAUUUAGAAGAAUUAAGACAGUUAUCGUGGUCAGGUGUUCCAGCGAAGUUACGAUCUGUUACCUGGAGAUUAUUGUCUGAAUAUCUUCCAGCAAAUAUAGAAAGGAGGCAACAUGUCUUAGAACGUAAACGUUUAGAUUAUUGGAAUCUAGUAAAACAGUAUUAUGAUGUGGAAAGAGAUGAAGGAUUCCAAGAUACAUAUCGUCAAAUUCAUAUUGAUAUUCCAAGAAUGUCUCCCCUCAUUUCAUUAUUUCAACAGACAACUGUACAAUUAAUUUUUGAAAGAAUACUUUAUAUAUGGGCUAUUCGACAUCCAGCUUCUGGCUAUGUACAGGGUAUGAACGAUCUUGUUACUCCCUUCUUCUUAGUAUUUUUGCAAGAGGCUAUACCAGUAUCGGCUUGGCAAGAUAUAGAAAAUUAUGACUUGGCAUCUUUAAAAAAAGAACAACGUGAUAUUAUUGAAGCAGAUAGUUUUUGGUGUUUAUCCAAAUUUCUUGAUGGUAUCCAAGAUAAUUAUAUAUUUGCCCAAUUAGGAAUACAACAUAAAGUGAAUCAAUUAAAGGAACUUAUUCAAAGGAUUGAUGCUCCUUUACAUCAACAUCUUCAUCAACAUGGGAUAGAUUAUUUACAAUUUUCUUUUCGAUGGAUGAAUAAUUUAUUAACCAGAGAAAUUCCAUUGCAUUGUACAAUUCGCCUGUGGGAUACCUACUUAGCAGAAUCCGAUCGAUUCGCUUCGUUUCAACUUUACGUAUGUGCAGCUUUUCUUCUUCGUUGGAGACGUCAUUUACUCUUACAACCUGAUUUUCAGGGCUUGAUGUUGAUGCUACAGAACUUGCCUACACAAAACUGGACAGAUUCAGAAAUAGGUAUUUUGGUUGCAGAAGCCUAUAAAUUGAAAUUUACAUUUGCAGAUGCACCUAAUCAUCUGCAAGCUCAUGACUCCAGAUUAAAAAGAUGUAAGAGUUUGAGCCAUGUCAAUUCAUCGAAAUACUUUAAUCACUCAUCAACGCUAUAAUGUAUCUAUUAAUACAUUAAAGGUAAGUGUAUAUUUAUUGUAAUAAACUUUUUGUUUUGUUUUUACAAUGUUACGAAUAAAUAUAAUUACAUACAAAAUGU